AUGGGACGAGAGACGGAUGGUUACCGGUCAAUAGACUACACCAAAACUACAUCCCGGUUUAUGUUAGAGUUGUUCUCAAAGCUCCAAAAGGGAGAACACUUGUCCAAAGCCAGUGGGCACAUCCGAGGACCUUUAGACAUUCUGAGCACAGACACCGUCCGCUGUUUCUCCGCCACAGCAUUUCACAGGGAUUCUUCACAAAAGGCUUCUUUUGAAUUCCGAGUACCGCGUCUUCCCCGGAACGAACGCUUGUCCUUGGCAGAAUUCAGAAUUCCGAUCCAGAACCAAAAGAAACAUUCCAGAAAGUUAAAACUUCAUCUCAGACGUGGCUUGUCGCCUCUCCGCACCUUUAGUAUUCGUGUCAAACCAUUUUCUGAUGGAGAUAACAAGUACCUUGUCUAUGAUAUCACCAGUUCUCUGCGGAGUUUGGUCAAUGGUUACCAUGGUAACAUCACUGUUCGAAUACACGUCCGUGAUCAGGCUAAAGGGAACUACUCAGUUGACCCGAAAGCGCAGACGGGAACAGUUGGGAAUCCGCAAGAAGGUUUGCUUGUGUUUUACUCGGAAAACAGAGGGUUUUUGGAGGCUAUAUACAGCAGUUAUACCGAAGAAGGCCAAAAUGAUAGAGGCAGACGACAUGGUCGCCAACAGAGGUCUCUCCGUGACGUCACCAGGCGACGAAGUAGGAAAAAUAAAAACAAAUGGUCUGCAAAGAAAUCAAGAAAAUCUGGAAACUUGUGUCAAAAGUUCGACUUUUAUGUGGAUUUUAACAAAAUUGGUUGGGGUAGAUGGAUCGUAUUUCCUAAGAGGUUUAAUGCUUUCUUGUGUCAUGGAAAUUGUCCAUCACCGAUAGCCAGUGAGCUGUUACCUACCAACCAUGCCAUGAUGCAAAGUCUGAUGCGGCAGAAGAGGCCAAAUGCGGCACCCAUGCCUUGUUGUGUGCCCAGCAAACUGAAACCUCUCAGCAUGCUGUAUUAUGAGUACGACGAGAUUCUCGUCAGGCAUCACGAGAACAUGAUUGCCGAAGAAUGUGGCUGUAGAUAG